AGUCGUUGUGCGGGAGUGGUCCACGAGUGAUGUGUGGUGUUAAGUGUGACUGAUAGGAAAAGAGACGUAGUAGAGUUUUCUUAGCACCCCCGGGGAUCCGUCGCGGUCGAGAUAUAAAGAAAUUUCCACCAACAAUAAGAAUUAUUUCUCGUCAUACCCGCAGAGUACCGCUUCUUUCCUCUCCCUCCCUACCUCCACUCUAAAUAUAGGAGACUCAAUCUAGUCAGCCACGUUCUUGUCCCUCCUCUAUCCCCCCCACCCCGCGCACCACCCGCCCGUUCACACACUCAUACAUACACAUACACACACGCACCCGAAACCCGCCGGUGUAUCGAACGGAGUGUAUAUUUAUUUCUAAAAGCGUAUUUAUUGUACAAAAGACUGUUUAAACAGGAGCCGACACAAUGUCCGUGGACAAGGAGGAAUUGGUGCAGCGUGCAAAGCUCGCCGAACAGGCUGAGAGGUAUGACGACAUGGCAGCCGCGAUGAAGGCUGUCACCGAAACUGGUGUUGAAUUAUCGAACGAAGAGAGAAACCUGCUCUCUGUUGCCUACAAGAAUGUUGUUGGCGCGCGGCGUAGCUCGUGGCGAGUAAUUUCCUCCAUUGAGCAAAAGACAGAAGGUUCGGAACGCAAACAACAGAUGGCAAAGGAGUACCGGGAAAAGGUUGAGAAGGAACUGCGCGAAAUUUGCUAUGAUGUUCUGGGAGAUGGUGUCGCUAUGUUGCAGGGACUCCUGGACAAGUACCUGAUCCCCAAAGCCAGCAAUCCUGAGAGCAAAGUAUUCUACCUUAAGAUGAAGGGUGAUUACUACAGGUAUCUCGCAGAGGUUGCCACUGGCGAAAUCAGAAACACUGUGGUAGACGACAGCCAGAAGGCGUAUCAAGACGCGUUUGAAAUCAGCAAGUCCCAGAUGCAGCCUACUCACCCCAUCAGGCUGGGUCUCGCCCUCAACUUCUCGGUUUUCUAUUACGAGAUCCUGAACUCUCCAGACAAGGCCUGCCAAUUGGCCAAACAGGCAUUCGACGAUGCGAUUGCGGAGCUGGACACAUUGAACGAGGACAGCUACAAAGACUCUACACUUAUCAUGCAGCUGUUGCGUGAUAACCUUACUCUAUGGACAAGCGACACGCAGAACGAAGGGGAUGAACCACAGGAGGGAGGCGAUAACUAACCCUCAUAAUUUAAGUCCAAUCCUUCUAAUCUAAAAACAAAAGAAAAAAACAACAUCCUAUUCUAUAGUCCUCCCUCCCAACUCCCAUUUCCCGUAUCCUUUCGCCCUCACGUAUAUAUAUUUCCCUUUCGUAUAAAUCUCCUCCUAAUAAAAGUGAACUUCUCUAUUAAAAUGCAUUCUUUGCACGCUACACGUGGUCUCAAAUUGUUAAAUCUCGACAUUAUAUUGAACAACUUAUUAUUAUAAUCGUUGAGUUAGAGAGAGAGAAAAAAAGAGAGAGAGAGAG